ACAAUUAUUUAUUACGUUUAUGUUUACAUUUAUUUACCAACUAAAAGGUGUAAAACGUUUUUGAAUUUAUCUUACGCGAUAUUUUUGUUUGGAAUUUCUUAUGGUUCAAUUUUAUUUCCUGUUGUCGCUUUGGUUUUGUGUUCAACCCAAGCGUUGUAUCCCAUCGUUUUGAUUUCACCCCUUUACCUUUCAAUCGCGAAAUUUAACGGUUCCAAAUUAGCUUUUAUUUCGUUGGUGUCGUUUUUGAUAUGCCUUGCUACAUUCUUUGGGGUUUGUAAUAUUAUUAAUGAUGGAUGGGAGUUUAUUGAUAAAUCUUAUGGGUUUAUUUUGGGCGUAACCGACCAACAACCGAAUAUUGGGGUUUAUUGGUACUUUUUUAUGGAAAUGUUUGAGCAUUUUCGUCAAUUAUUUUUGUAUUCGUACCAAAUUAAUGUCUCUUUAUUGUAUUGCGUACCGUUGACUAUCAAAUUUCGCAAGGAUCCGGUUCUUUUGGCGUUUACCUUCAUCACAUUGACUGCUAUAUUCAAGUCUUAUCCAGGAAUCGGCGAUUUUGCUUUUACUUUGGCUGUUUUGCCAUGUUGGAAAUAUAUGUAUAAUUGUAUGCAACAAAUUUUUGUAAGCGGUGUUGCGAUAUUUAUAACUACAGCUUUAGGGCCGAUUCUGUGGGAUUUAUGGAUUUUUAUGGGAACAGCGAAUGCUAAUUUUUAUUUUGGUACCACUCUAGCUUUUGUAACAGCAUUUAUUUUUAUACUAACUGAUGUGGCAUUUGCUUAUAGCAAAAAAGAGUAUUUAUUGAGAUUUGGUAGCAUUAGAAAAAUUAAUGGCAAAAAUGCUAAACUAGUAUUAGAAUAAAUAAUGAACGUUUUAAAUAUAUCCCUAUAUUUAGUUAGAUUUUUUUGUUAGUUAAUUGUAAACGACACUAUUUUGAGAAUAAACAU